AUGUGUAAAAUAAAAUCGCCUCUUUUAUGGAUUCUGGGAGGAUUUGCUUUCGUAUCCAUUUUGAUAGGGCUGCUGCGACAUGUGUUUAGGGUCAGCACAUACGAUAUUAUGUUCCUUACUCCGGUUGUUAUUUUCAUUGGCUUUGGCUUUACAAUAAAAAUGAUGUCGGAUGUGGAGUAUAUACAUUUUGCGUUGCUCUCUAUUUUUGUCAUACCAAUAUGCUGUGCAUUCGUAUUUGCGUUCAAGAUAAGCACUCUACUCAAGGACUGGAAUUCUUUUGAAAUGUUUUUCAAAAUCGGACACAUUUUGCAUCUGACGUUUUUAAUAGGUAAGCAGAUCAAUUAUGGUAGUCAAAUAUCUAAUGUUAUUAGUGUUUUCAUGCGUUUGGCUUCUGUUUAUCUUGACCUAUUUAAAUGAAAUGAAUGGAUCCGGCUGGUGCUAAUGGAAAUAUUAAGGGAACGCGCGAGUUGGAAAACUGCUUUUAAAGUUACAAUCCCAUUCAUCGACAACGUGAUUAGCUGAAAAUUUGAUGCCAAACUUCUAAUGAUGGUGAAUGAAAAUCACCGGAAAGUUUAGCGCUGGCAAGCCCCUCUAAUAAGACACAUUGUCUAGCCGAAGGAUAUGGCCAAAACGAAAGGUA